AUGUUCGAUAAAAUUCUUCUUCUCACGUGUCUUCUUACUGCUUCUCAAUCACAUUAUCCUCAACCUUUAUCUGCCAGAGUCUUAAAUGGUCAUGAUGCUGUGCCUGGAGAAAUUCCAUUCAGGGUUUCCAUGCAAUGGAGUAUACCUCCUUUCUCAUCAAGAGUACAUUUCUGUGGUGGUGCUAUCCUUGACGAGCAGUGGAUCUUAACACGUGCUGAAUGUGUUCGAUUUAUACAAAAAUACAAUAAUACUCGUGAAAUCGUUGUAAAAACUGGUAAAAAUGAUCUAGGAAAGAUAGAAAAAUCAGAGCAAACAUCUAAGAUAGCCGUAGUUCACGUGAAUCACGAUUUUUUUUUGGAUGAAAAGAGAGGACAAGUUGGAUUAGUGAAGCUAUCAACGCCACUCGUAUUUAACAAUAAUGUUACGAAGAUUAAAGUUGCUCAGCUGACUGAAGGAACAGCAAAGAUAGUAACCAUGUCUGGUUGGGGUCCAAUGACUGACAAAAAUUCUGAAUACACCACAGUUUUACAAGUUGCAAAUGUUCGUAUCAUUCCUCACGAGGAUUGCGAGAAAAUGUUUCAUGAGAGUACCUGGAAGCGAAAUGAACUUACUGACAACAUUUUUUAUGAGGAAAAUUUUUGCACUGAACGCAUUAGUGAAACAGCUUGUGGAGGUGAUUUUGGUAGUCCCAUAACCAUGACAAAUUCAAGUAAUGAUACAAUACUUGUCGGGCUUACAAGCUGGGGAUUAGUGCCUCCUUGUACUCAACCAUCGUCUCCUUUAGUAUUCAUUAAAAUAGCUGUUUUCUUAAAAUGGAUAAACAAUAUCAUUUAUGCAUAUUCUUGA